AUUAAAAUUACACUAAUUUAUUAUUAUUAUUUUUAGUAUUUAUUAGUACCGAUUAUCAAACAGGUCAUUAGUGCUUAGUGGUUAAUAUUUAUUAAUAACGAUUAUCCCUAACCCCUCGUUAAAACGAAAAAUAAAUAAACAAAAAAAAAAUACAAAUUCACAAUAAUUAACAAAUAAGAAAAAAUUUGAAUCAUUCCUCAUCUUCCCUUCUCUCAAACUACCAAAAUGCCAUCAUCACUCUUCUUCACAAUCUUCACCAUCACCGUCACCGUCACCGUCGCCGGGGAUAUUCCGCAAUACCGUGAAGCUCCAGCAUUCCGCAAUGGCGAAAACUGCGCCAUUCCCGGUACACCAUCAUCAACAAUCCACAUUGCUAUGACUCUCGACACUACCUACCUUCGAGGUUCCAUAGCAGCUGUAUUCUCUGUUCUUCGCCAUUCUUCCUGCCCAGAAAAUCUUUCUUUCCAUUUCCUCACUUCUUCCACUAAUUUCCAACACCUUAAUCAUACAAUCACUUCUACCUUUCCUUAUUUAACAAUCUCUCUUCUCCAUUUCAACCCUCUUCUUGUCCACAACAAAAUCUCAACCUCUAUUCGCCGCGCACUCGAUCAACCCCUCAAUUACGCCCGCAUCUACCUUGCUGACCUUCUCCCACGCCAUGUCAAUCGCGUGAUUUACUUCGAUUCAGACCUUAUUGUUGUUGAUGAUGUUUCUAAUCUAUGGAAUAUUGAUCUUGGAAUUCACGUUCUUGGAGCUCCAGAAUAUUGUCAUGCUAAUUUCACCAGUUAUUUUACUCAUAAAUUCUGGAACACUCUAGAACUUUCAGAAACUUUUCUCAACCGAGAAAGAGCACCGUGUUAUUUCAACACUGGUGUGAUGGUAAUCGAUGUGAAUAAAUGGAGAAAGGGUGAGUAUACUUUAAAAUUAGAGAGUUGGAUGAAGUUGCAAAAACAACACCGUAUUUAUCAACUAGGUUCAUUGCCGCCAUUUUUACUGGUUUUUGGAGGUGAAGUAGAGAGAGUUGAACAUAGAUGGAAUCAACAUGGAUUAGGUGGAGAUAAUAUAAGAGGAUUGUGUAGAGAUUUGCAUCCUGGACCAGUUAGUUUGUUGCAUUGGAGUGGAAAAGGGAAGCCAUGGUUGAGAAUCGACUCGAAUCGGCCAUGUCCAUUGGAUAGUCUCUGGGCUCCUUAUGAUCUUCUCUAUUAUCCGCCAUCUUUAUCGGCUGCAGUUUUAUUAUCUGACUAAUAAUUAUUUUGUUUGAUAGUAUCAGAAUAUGUUGGUUGGUGUACAUCAAAAUUUUUGUGUGAAGUUGCUAUGGCUUUGCCUUUGAUAUAUUGGGUUGAAUUUUAAGUUGAUUUAAUUUGACUUUAAAAAUUAAUUUACAAUUAUAUAUAAAAUUAAUAUAGAUAUACAUUUUAUUUUGAAUCGAUAUAAAACACUUAACUUGAAAUCAAUUU